GCCUGUGGAGAUCUGUCUGAGGUGGCUAUCUGUUUUGUGUUUUUUGCAUAUGGAUGUCUAUCCAGUUCGCCUCCAAGUAUCUUGCCAUUCCGACAAAUCUCACAGAUGUCUUCUCCUUCAUCUGGUUUCCUGGAACCGUCGUCGUCGUCGUCGUCGUCAGCUCAGGGCAGUGCAGUUGCCACCUGCAAUCGCAGGCAUAAUCUGUCAUCACUUGCGAGCUUGAUUGCAGCGCUGGGUCUAGAACUGAACAGAGCCCAGGGUAGGAGGGAUCAGAGACUAGUGGAGAACUUUUCAGAGGGAGUUUUGUGUUCACUUGCUCUACAUCUGCGUCGACGCGUAUUGUUUUUCUCUGGUGGAGAGUGGCUGUUGCCGAUUCUGCUUGCAGGAUGUUUCUGCGUGUCGGCGUUGUUGAGAAUGUUUGAUGACCGGUUGGGGGGAUUUUAGGAUUGGUCCUGCUGUGAGCUUGGGGUGGAAAUCAUAGGAUGGGUUUGAGUGAUCGUUGAACGAAGCUCUAUCUCUCGGUGUUGGUGUUGAAGGAAAAGAGUGUUGGCUUUCGUCGGAGCGUGUGAAGGGGACGUCAUUGUGAUUGAUUUUUUGAGUGAUUCUUCGAGCAAGGAUAUGAAGGAGGCUGCAAGCAAUACUAGUGUGGUAUCCAGCACAAUUGAAUCGACGACAGGCAGGGGCAAUUCCAUGUGAAAAAUGCUCGUUAGGCAAGGUCACCCUCCAACUAAUGUUAGGGGAAAGACCAGAGAAUGCUGGCAAGCAAGUCACAAGAACGGCGCGAGCAGAUUGAUUCUUUCAUUCGCAGCAACUGACAAUAUUGUACAGGUUAUGGCGAUCUUCUUAUCUCAGGUCGACCGAGGAUUUCUUCCCUGAUGCGUUAUACCUGGCGCUCGCAACAUUGUAUAGUUUAAUUGGAGCCACGAUCAACUGGGAUCUUCUGGAGUUUAGGAAGGAUAAGCGCCUUUUCAUUACACAGUAGCAGAAGAGGUAUGAACAGCAAAUAUAGACAGCAGCAAGUUUCUUGACACUUCUGAGGGGCUCCGUGUAUCGACAUGAGGGUCUUAAAUCAUGUCCUUUCCCUAGUCUCCUUAUCCCAACUUCCGAUCUAGUCCAUGCUUCCAACAAAAUGCUCAUCAUCAGCAUUCGCGCAGUGGAGUACCAGAAUUGACGGACAACCUGAUCAUACAGGAAACGCCUACGAAUCCUCAAAUUUAGUGUCUAGAUAGCAAUUGUUAGUGUCGGCGUGUAUGUCAGCAACAUCACUCAAAGAUCCUACACAGAACUUGGAACCCCCUCGCUCUGUUGCUCCAUCCCCAACUCAUCAACGAUGACGGAAUGUGAAACCGCUGAGGUUGAGUCCCCGCUCAAUGUCGUCAGCAAUGGCUACGAGGUCGGAGAGCGCGCGACAAGCGACGUGAUUGUCAGGUUACGCACAGUUCAUGGCCGUGACGACUGGUUCUACACUCACUCUAAGAUCCUCUGUGCAAAGAGCCAGUACUUCGCCCUCCGGCUGUCGGAUGACUGGCCAACAUACCAUCUUCUUGACUCGCGCUACUGCGUGGAGGUCUUGUGCAUUGAGAAUGAUUUCGACUACCAUGUCAAUCUGCUGCGCAUGAUGUACUCCAAUCUCGAUGAGCCCGUCGGAGACAUGUGGCACAGCGUGAAGAAUGCGCUCGGGAUGUUGAAAGUGGCUACCAAGCUCGGGUGUUCCGCUGUAGCUUCUAAGUGUGCUCGCUACUUGGAGGCGGUGCCGUGGGAAGAAAGCGAGGAGGAGGAGAUUCUGAAGGCGCUGCCAGCGAUUGUGGGCUCGUCGCAUAAACUGGUGGCGGAGCUUGCAGCCGAAGUGCAGCCCAUUUUAGCGCGGUUGCAACCUGUGGAAGCGGUUUCGGUCCGCAAUGUGUUUCUCUGUGCAGUGCACGCAGCCACCGCGCCACAGAGCAGAUCUAAAUAUCUUGAGAAGUCACCAAGUGAUCUGAAAGUUGCAGCUCAGGAACAGGUUGAAUACAUGCUGGAGGAGGAUGACGAUGCCCCACUGCUCAUACCGGACGAUGACCUGAAAACCGACCUUAAAAAGCACUUCCUGAAGUUAUUUAAAGGAUUCAAAGCUGAACUCAGCGCUCACCUCACUGAUUCUACCAAGGACUUGAAACUCUCUGAGAAGACAAUCUUCGAGAAAGUUUGUGACCUCGUGUGGGCAUCGCGCGUGCUUCCUCACGUGGGGCUUAACCCCGACUUUGUAGAGUUUUGGGUGGAGGCUUCAAGCGAGAUAACUCAGACCUUGAACACUGCAAAGUUGCGAGAAACCUCCUGGAAUACCAAGCUGCUAGUUGUGGAGAUCACUGCCACGGUCCUGAAGGCAGUCGGCUAUGGGGAUGUGAUACUCACUACCAACGAUCGAAUCCAACUGGUGAAAGUGUGGCUGCCAUUCUUUCGCGAGACGAAGCCUGUGCUGGACUCUCUCUUUGAAGGGGAGAAAAUGGAAUUGGAAAUGGAUUUGGACUUGAGCGAGAGCAUCGAAAAUUCUCUUGUAUCACUCGUUUUGUCGUUGCCAUCCGAUGAUCAAGCUGAGAUAUUCGCUGACUGGCUUCGAUGGAAUCAUUCUUGGUUUCCGGAUCUGAGCGAGGCAUUCGAGGUGUGGUGCUGUCGAUCAAAGGCUGCUAAGCGGCGGCUGAAUAUUGAGGUGCCCAAUGGUGCGAACGCCAUCAGCAGUGUUGGGGCAUAAUGAAGAUUAUCUUUUAUAGCGUCAUCUCCGUCUCCAGUCUUCUUCCAGAUGCUUCUUUCCUUCCUUCAUUGGUAGUUGAAAGCAUCAGACUUGAGUGCGCGGAACCUGCGUGACUAGAGUCAUUUCUUUGGGCUUGUAUAAUUAGAUUCUUUUCGCGAGCAUGCGAUAGAUUUUUCAUACCCUUCUACUUGGAACCCAAGUUCUUGGUCAUUUUGCCUUCGAUUGUGUACUAGUCCUGGCCUUUCCUAAAGGUGUAGAUUCUUCAACACUUGAGGUGAAGAUGUAGGCUACCAAAGGUGCGCUCCUUUGUUUUGAACUGUUGAUCCUGCGAAUUAUUUGUCGAUAUAUUAAUGCAGAACUACUGGGAAUUGUCACAAUAGAAAGGCUGAGGUUCUGUCGUGCAUGCAAUGAGAAUACAGAAGCUUCUAUAA